AUGGCGCGCUUCUACCGGGUUGACCAGGCACAGUUACUGCUGACUCGCGGCAGCGACGAAGGAAUUGAUCUGUUGGUUCGAGCAUUCUGUCGGGCUGGGCGUGACGCAGUCAUUGAGUGUCCACCGUGUUUUGGCAUGUACCGAGUAGCGGCCGGGAUUCAGGGUGCAAAAGUGGUAUCGGUUCCACUGCUUGCCCCCUCGUUUGACGUCGAUGCCGAUACAUUGCUCAGAUCAGUCGACGAGCGCUGUAAGUUGGUGUUCCUCACCAGCCCAAACAAUCCAACCGGCAAUAGCGUGGCCCGUCAGGUGCUGCUUGAUUUGGUUGAAGCACUCUCGCGUAAAGCCGUGGUGGUGGUUGAUGAGGCGUACAUUGAAUUUUCUGAACAACGCAGUCUGGCCGAACUGGUUUCCGAGUCCGAUAAUCUGGUCGUGCUACGCACCCUGUCCAAGGCCUUUGCACUGGCCGGCGCACGUUGUGGCGCAUUGAUUGCCCACCAGUCUGUGGUCGAGUUACUGCGGAGAAUUCUGCCACCGUAUCCGCUACCGACGCCGACGGUUCGUGCGGCGCUAGGCGUUUUCGACAGCGCCGGUCAGCAGCACACAGCCAACAAGAUUAAGCGUAUUAGCUUGAUGCGCGAUAGUAUGAAUAAGCUGUUGACUGAGCUGCCUAUCGUUGAUCGAGUCUGGCCCAGUGAUGCCAACUUUCUGCUAGUGCGGUUUGACAAUGCGGCCCGGGUCCUGGCAUUGACUGCCGAUGCAGGUAUCGUCUUGCGUGACUUCAGUAAGCAGCCGCGACUCGAGAACUGCCUUCGAAUAACUAUCGGCACCCCUGACCAAAACGCACGACUGCUGGCGCUGCUGGGAGAACACUAA